AUGCCUCCCAAAAAAGAGAAGGGUAAACCAGGAAAGACAGAUAAGGUACCUGCAGAGGCGGAUGAGAAACCUGAUCACCCAGAAGACAUCAGGCCCAUGGUGCUCACAUCCGUGACCCAGGAUCUGUUUGACUGCGUGGCUGAUGAGGAUGUUACUGGAGACAGUCCCUACAAGCUGCUGCCAAAGGACGACAUCCUGCAGGACAUCAGGAACAGAGCAGCCGUGUCUGAUUUCAGUCCUGUGAAGAAGAUCGUUCUGGACUACCCAGAAGAUGAACUCUUGCUUGUGUAUGACAGAGAUUUCAUCUACGGUCAGAGCUUCUAUUUGGUUCUCAAACCAGAAGCCAAAGAGAAAUUGCUCAAUCCUCCAAAACCACCUACACCAGAGGAGGCUAUCAUUGAGAUUAGUAAAACUCCAGAACCUAAACCCUGGGUCUCUCUUGGCAGUGAGCUGGAGAUAGAAGAAGAAUCUGUCAAAACCACAAGAGACAAGCUGUCUUACAAGUUCAGCAGAGUGCGGCGAAAGUUUGGCACAGCCUAUAGUUUCUCUGACUGCAACCCCGGAGAUGUUAAAGAUGGCUACCAGGAGUUUCCUUUGUACGAAGACAGCCGAUUCAGCAUUAAACAGCUGCAGAGAGACGCAGGGAUGCAGGCAGUGCCCCAGUGCUGCAGCAGCAGUACUCAAACACAGUGGAAAUUUAAGAAAAACAUGUGCACGCAGUAUGAGGAUCAACUGUUACAGGACGAGGAGAUCACAAAACUCCUCCAAAGUGAAAGUCUCAAGAACUUUUUGGACUCGACCAUUUCAAUGGUCUUACAAGCUCUUCAGCAGGAAGCUAUUAUGAAUGUGUUCACUGAAGACUGGAUAGGUGAGGAUGAAGACGUGAAAGUGAUAGAAGGCCUAAUGCUUUAUCAGACUUUUACGGACAAGAAGCAUCUUAAGGAUAAAACAAUCUGCUGCCUGAACUGGCAUCCAACUAUCCAUGGUGUUGUAGCUGUCUCUACGUCAGAACGUUCAUUGUGGAAGUCUCAAACAGCAAUCUCGUUCUCGUACAUCCUUUUCUACAGCCCUGCAGAUCCAUGCGCACCUCAGUUGUUACUAAAAUGCCCAGAUGACAUUUUAGCAUUUGAAUUUUCCCCGUCUGAUCCUAAUAUUAUCGUCGGUGGCUGUGUGAAUGGCCAGGUCGUUUUAUGGGACAUCUCGGCUUAUGUCGCACAUUUACAAGGGAUACAGCCUGAUGGGAAAAAAGGGUCUUUCAAAGCUUUUGAUCUGGAUGACACCAAAGAGUGUAAGCCGGUUGUGCGUCCCUGUGCUGUGUCUGACAUAGAGAAAAGCCACAAAGCACCGAUUACUGAUGUCCACUGGCUGCCGCAAACAUUUGAGGUGACAAAGGAAGGAUUACCCAUGGAGAACAAGUAUAACAUUUCAGUUCAGAUUGUCACUUGCUCUCCUGACGGUCAUAUCUCAUUCUGGGACAUCAGAGUGGCUACUCUGCUGACCCAAUCUACGCCUGAAAAAAAGCAGAAAGUGGAUCCAACGUCACCCUACAGUGCCCCUGAAACAUUCAAACACCUGGACCGGACAUGGACUCCACUGCUCCGGGUGUCUCUGCCAAAAACCGAAGGCAGUGGAGAGUAUGCGCCUUUCAAGUUGUGCUUUGAAGACUACACCUGUAGCAGUAAGAAAGGGAAGCAUGCAGAUGAGGAUGAAAGCCCAAAGGUCACACCGGACUAUAACAAGCUGAGAAUACCUUCAGCCAAAACACUCCGUGCCCGAGCAGAUAUCAACACUAAGUUCUUCAUUGGAACAGAGGAUGGAGAGGUUGUCUAUACUAACUGGAGAAUGGAAAAGGAUGACUCAGGUGGACUAGAGAGUGGAAAGCCUCAGCGUUGCCUGAGUGUUCAUCACUGGAUGGUAAACGCAAUACAGCGCUCACCCUUUUUCAAAGAUAUUAUUCUGACAGUAGGAGGCUGGAACUUUGCCAUCUGGAAGGAAGGAUUCAUGGAUCGGCCUAUAUUUCUGACGGCCUGUUCGGAGCAGCUUUUGACGGCAGGGUGCUGGUCUCCCUCCCGACCAGCCGUCUUCUUCAUCGGGAGAGAGGAUGGCAUUAUUCAGGUGUGGAACCUUCUGGAAGAGACGAGUGCGCCCUCACAGGUCCUGGAUGGUAUCAUUAGCACCAAGAUCAACGUCAUCAAACCGUGGAGUGCAUCGUCCAAACGGCACUUCCUGGCGGUGUGUGAUGACCUAGGAGUGAUUCGUGUUUUUGAAAUUCCAAAGGCGCUAUAUACACCAAUAAAGAACGAGAGUGUAAGUAUGCGGAAAUACUUUGAGUUAGAACAAACCCGGGUAGAGGAUCUGAUGUCCAGGGAAGAGGCAUGGGCCAACCACGUGGGAGAAGACAAACACAAGACGGAGCCUGACAAGUCUGAAAUGAAAGACCUGGAGGAAAAUGAGGCAGAAAUGAGGAAGGUUUAUGAAAGUUAUUUGGACAUGGAGAAGAGCAUCCUAAAGAGUAUGGGCCUGCUUAAAGAAGUUGAAGCUGAGUAA